UUUGUGAUUGUAUAUUUCCAAAAAAAUUGACUAAAAUGCGUUAUUUUAAUUGAUUUAUAAUGGCUGUAUUAACAUUUUAACGAAAUACUCGAUUGAAUUGAACCAUAAAAAGGUUUCUUUAAAUGUUUUAAUCGGUGUAAAUUGGUGUAUAAAAAUGUCGUCACGCAAAAAGUCGGUGAGUACGUCUGGAACGAGUUGCAGUAGUUCCGGUACAACAUCAUCGAGUGGAAGUACAAGUGAUUCGGAUUCGAAUUCAUCCAGUUCUGAUUCUGAAUCGUCCAGUUCGCAAGGUGGUAAUCGUAGUUCAGCUUCAAAUAGUACACCAAACGAAUCGAAAUCAUCACAAGCAACACCAGCUAAAAAAGAGAAUCCAAAAGAAAAUGCAAAUGCCAAAAUGGAAAAUGAGAAAACGCCGCCAAAUGCAACAAAUAAUAAAACAAAAGGAGCUGGCGCCACGUCAAAGGGAUCACAUGCACAACAACAACAUCAACAACAAAAAACAAAUUCACGAAAAGUGACCGCUUACUCAAGUGAAGAUGAAACACCGCAAACAAAAGCUGAACAAGCCGAAGCAAAACGAAUACAAAAUGAAAUUAAGAAAAAGACUGUCGCAUCGCAAGCGCUCAAAUCGAAAAUAGCACCACUGCCACCACCGACUGGCGGUAAAGCGCCGCCGUCUGUUGUAAAACAACAUCAGCAAAUGAAUAAGGCAGCCGCCAAUCGAAAUAAUAAUGCGAAUAAAUCGAAUACAAAAUCUCCCGCCAAUUCGAAAAAGAAGAGCAUUUUCUCACCAGAUAAUUCGUCUGAAAGUGAAGGAGAAACACCAACCAAGAAAAAUGCGUCACCGACGAAAAAAACACCGGCGCCCAGAGGUCGACCGCCAAAAAAUAAACCACCCGAAAAACCACCGCCGCCACCCAAAUCAUCCGAAUCAUCAUCCGCUUCGUCAACCGAUUCAUCUAGUUCGAGAGAUUCAGAGUCUGAGUCAAGUGCACAGUCAUCGCCGCCAGUUAAGAAAAAACCGACCGUGGGGCGAAAGCCCGGUAAAAAGCAAUCACGAAAUUCAGCAUCAGCAUCAACAUCAAAAUCGGAUCAACAUGGCAAUUCUGAAUCGGAUGUCGACAUGAAACCCGUUACUCGUUCAUCAAAUACUCGUAAAUCAAAACAUUUGACAGCUAUUUUCAAUCCAUCGAAAGCGUCCGAACCAUCUGAAUCGGAGACCGAUGUAAAGCAUACAAAGAGUCCUGUAAAACGUACAAAAGGAAAAGCAAAUAAUUCCAAAAUAAAUUCCAAACUAAAUGCAAACGUUCCGAAAAAAACCGUGUCAGUUGUUGAAGAGCGAAAGUGUCCAGUCGAUGGUUGUGAUUCAAUUGGUCAUUUGAAUGGUAAAUUUGAAAAACAUUUUACACAAGAAGCUUGCCCUUUCUAUCACAAUGUUUUGCUGGAUGAAACAAAAAAACGGCGUGAAGAACGUUUGAAACAUGAAGAUGAACGUAAAAAGGCGACCAUUUUAUUUGAUCCAAUGUCAAAUGUAACGACCGUCGAACAAAAAGCCUAUCAAAUGAAAAUCAACGAUAUGCGUGCGAAUUUUGUACCGAAUCCACCGUCACCAGUGCGCCAACCAAAUCAAAAUGCUAUAGCGAACAAACACCAUCAGCAACAACAAAAUGGCGAAACUAAACAAAAAGAACCAACACUCAAAGGAUAUGUAACCGAUUACGAUUUGAGAUUAUUUCAAGAGGCACAGGCGGUUGCUAGUGAAAAAAUCGAAACUGAUCUCUUAAGAUGGCCAGCCGACAACAAAGGAACAAAGUAUAUAACGAUGGGAAGGCACAAUAUGGUAGUUUGGUACCAAUCACCGUAUCCAGACGAUGCAGCCCGUUUACCAAAAUUGUAUUUAUGCGAGUUUUGUUUGCGAUAUCAAAAAUCAGAAAUCACAAUGAAACGACAUGCAGCCAAAUGUGUGUGGCGACAUCCACCUGGAGACGAGAUUUACCGAAAAGGAAAGCUUGGCGUAUGGCAAGUGGAUGGAAAACGACAAAAACAGUACUGUCAACAUUUAUGUUUGCUGGCCAAAUUCUUCUUGGAUCACAAAACCCUGUACUAUGAUGUCGAACCGUUCUUAUUCUAUGUAAUGACAUUGGCCGAUUCGGAGGGUUGUCACACCAUUGGGUAUUUUAGUAAGGAAAAAAAUUCAUUCCUCAACUAUAAUGUAUCAUGCAUUUUAACAUUGCCGCCAUAUCAACGCAAAGGCUACGGACGUCUUUUGAUCGAUUUCAGUUAUCUGUUGACCCGUGUUGAAGGUAAAAUUGGUUCGCCAGAGAAGCCAUUGUCUGAUCUCGGUUUGAUAUCAUAUCGCUCGUACUGGAAAGACGUUCUAUUGGACUAUCUAUGCUCACGAUCUGGUAGCACAUUGAGCAUAAAAGACGUUUCACAGGAAAUGGCUAUAAAUUCGUACGAUAUCGUGAGCACACUACAAGCAUUGGGCAUGAUGAAAUACUGGAAAGGCAAACAUAUUAUACUAAAGAAGCAGGAUGUACUUGAAGAAUAUGCGGAACGUGUGAAACGUCGCGGUGCUGUUGUAAAAAUUGAUCCGGCUCAUUUGCGAUGGACACCGUUUGUGCCGCCAGCACCGGCAACAUCGUCUUAGCGCCAGGUGAACUAUUCGAUACCACCAUUUACACAAAUGAUGCUCUCAUCGGCCAUACAUCAAAAUAUAAACAACAAUUACAUCAGUUUCUCCGAAAAUUUCCAUAGCCACUAUCAGCAACAGCAAUAAUAUUAUCAUCAACAUCAUCAUCGUUGCAGUCAUUCACGCUAAGACAAUGAACAAUGCCCGCGACCACAGAGGCGAAAAUCGAACGAACAUCGACACUGUAUCUAUCUUCUUAAAGUACUUUAUCUUUUUUUUAAUUUAUUGACGAUUUUAUUUCUGUUUUAUGUCUUUGUAAAACUGUUUUUUUUUUCGUUUCGCAUUCAACUCGAGCAGAAUGAAAAUGUUGUUUGAAAAAUAUGUCUCGUUCUGGUUUACCGUCGUUGUCGAUAUAAAUUGUUUAAAUGUAGUAUGAGUGUGUGUGUGUGUGGUUUUUUUUGUAAAACUUUAUUUAAGCUUGUAUAUUUUUUUUAUUUGUAUUCUUCUCGUAAUCGUCGAUUUAAUGGAAUAUUUAUAGACCCAUUCAUCAACCAAUUGUACUAGAAAUAUGAGAAUUUUUUAAAAUAAUGACAAAUGAAACACGAUUGAUUUUAAUAAAACGAAAUGCAUUUUUCGCUUUCAUAUAUACGUAUUUUGGAUGACAAUUUGAAUCCAAACAUUGUACUGCAAUUAUUUUUAGGCAGAUGAAAUUACUCAUUUUUAAAUUUCGAAUUAUGGAUGGUAAGAAGAUUAUCACCAUAUUUUUUACAAUAAAUUGGAACAUGGUUGUUAUGAUGGAGCCGACAAAGCUCGUCCACCAAUUGUGAGAGAAUGAGAAGCAGAAGAGUUCGAUUUCUCUUCUUUGUAAAAUGAUUCACGCAUAUAAUGUGAGAGAAGGGUGAUGAGCUAAACUCCACGGUGUUUCACUUUCAAAUCCAAAUAUCUGCUGCACUUGAGAUGAUUUCCGUUUGAAAAUAUCUCAGUACAUUGUUUGCAUUCAAAAAAAAAAAAGACAUAGUGAAAAUUAUUGCAUAAUUUAGAGAAAGAAAAAAAUUGUGGAAAAACUGUUUUAUAGUGCAUAUUCUGAAAUAAUCUCUAAAUCAUAUUGCAUCGUUUAACUUAGAAACUUCAUUAUCUAUCGAAUCGUAAUAAUAAGGAUAAUUCUCGAAUAAAACUUCAAUACACAAAACAAAUAUGAAUCAAUUGAUAAGAUUGAGUGACGGAGAUAGUAACUUUUUUUUUUAGUUU